ACCAUGACGUCAGGCUGUUCGGCCAUUUUGGUUAGACGAAGCCUUGAAAAUUUUGCUUCGUGUUCGGCGACUAUUUAUUACGUUUUUGUGAGAUUUUGAGGGCAGGGAAAAAUUUUACAAGAUGUGCGGGGGGUUCCAUUGCUCGAAGAACGCUCUAGCGGCGCUGAACAUCCUUUAUAUCCUGGUAGCUUUCAUCAUGAUCGGAGUGGCAGCGUACGGUCGAGCGAUGGCCAUGGUCACCAGCGUCUCUCUGAUUGGUGGAAUCAUUGCCAGCGGAGUGUUCCUGCUCUUCAUCGCCAUCAUUGGUCUGAUCGGAGCGGUCAAGCAUCACCAAGUCCUGCUCUUCUUCUACAUGGUGAUCCUGUUCCUGUUGUUCAUCAUCCAAUUCUCCAUCUCCUGUGCCUGUCUGGCCUUCAGUACUACAUACAAGGAACAACUACUAACAUUUGGCUGGAAACAUUCUGCCACUGCGACAAGAGCGGACACACAGAAGGCCUUCAACUGCUGCGGCCUGUACAACACCACAUCUGCAGACCCCAAGGACCCAGGGUGUACUGGUUUGCCCUGUGAUAACGGUGCGCCAGGCUGCCCCUCCUGUAUGCAGAAGUUACUACCCACCAUAGGGACAGCCCUGAGAGUAUCCGGGGGAGUAGGCCUCUUCUUCAGCUUCACAGAGAUUGUUGGUGUGUGGCUUGCAGUACGAUUCCGAAACCAGAAGGAUCCUCGGGCAAACCCAAGUGCUUUCCUAUAGGAAGUCUU